AUGUCUUACUAUUACACUGCUCAACCAUAUGCUAAUCCAGUUGAUUUAGAUUCAUUGUUGUCUUUGUUACACCAACAACAAUUUAGAUCAUCACCACAACCAAAAGCACGUUCGUUACAAGCUUAUCCCCACUAUUAUACUGCUACCCAACAUCCACCACGUUAUCACAAACAGCAACAGCAACAGCAACAGCAACAUCAACAACCAAGAAACUCAAGACCAAGAGUGGUUCAAAAAUUGGAAACUGAAGAUGAAUAUCAGAUUCAAAUUUAUAAACCAUACGGAAACUUCAACAAUUACGAAGUGAAAGUUGUCAAGUUGCAACCACCAUUGAUUAAAGUUAUCAUUUUCUCACACCAAGAUGAUUUCAAAAUUGAUUUUAAUUUCAACGUUAACUAUAUCGAUAUUGAAAACAUCAAUUGGAGAUGGUACAAACAAGACAAUAUCUUGAGUUUAAACAUUCCCAAAAAAUUACACUAUAUUCAUUCCAAUUUAAAUGAUGUAAUCAAUUGUUUAUUGGGAACUUUGGAUGAUCCUCAACGUCAAUUGUAUUUGGAACAUGACUCACCUGAAUUUGAAGAUGCAGAGAAGGAAUUGAAUUUUGGCCACCAUCACAAUGAAGAUCAAGAUGAAUACGAUGAUUAUGAGUUGGGUGAUUCUGAUGAUUCAUCACUUGAUGAACACGAAAAAUUGGUUCAAGAAGCUAUUGAUGCUUUGAUUGAAAGGAAGAAAGAGAAUAAAAAACAAGGUAAAAAGAGUAAAGGUAAAGGUAAAGAAGAAGAAAAGGCUGAAGAAAAGAAUGACAAUUUGAAGAAUAAACAGCAAGAUGAUGAUGCCGAGCAAGAGGCUUUCGAAAAACAAAGACAGUUGGCGCAAGAAGCUAUUAAUGCUGUGCUUGAGAAAAAGAAGAGAAUGGCUGACGAGGAAGAAAAGAAAGCACAAGAGGCUGAAGAAGAGGCUAAGAGAAAAGCUGAAGAAGAGGCUAAGAGAAAAGCUGAAGAAGAGGCUAAGAGAAAAGCUGAAGAAGAGGCUAAGAGAAAAGCUGAAGAAGAGGCUAAGAGAAAAGCUGAAGAAGAGGCUAAAAAGAAGGCUGAAUUGGAAGCUGAAGCUAGAAGAAAAUCUGCUGAAAUCGAAGCUCAAAGAAAAGCUGAACUCAAAAGAGUUAGAGAAGAAUUUGCUUUGAAACAAGAACAAGAACGUCAAAAGAUUCUUCAAGCCCAAUUGGAAUUAGAAAAAUUGGCUAAACAACAAGAAGAGUUGGAAAAACAACAUCACAAUGAUUCCGCCAUCAAAGCCAAAGAAGAUGAGUUGAAACUGGAGAUCCUCAGUGAAGAAGAUCAGUAUCAACAAAACUCCAACGAGUAUGAACAGUACUUGAAACAGCAACAAGAAUUACUUAAUCAGUUUUUUGGUUUCAAUUUGGGUCCAGUCUUGACUUCACAUUUGCCACCACCUCAAACUAAACAAUCUGUUGAAAACGGAACUAGUAAAUCUCAACAAAUAACUUCAAAGAGGGAAAACAACAACAACAACACCAAAUCCAAAGUUGAUUCCACUACUUCUAAAAAAGCAGAGCCAGCUAAAAAAGAAUCAACCAAAGUGAAAUCGGAGGCUAAAGUGACUAAAAAUGCUUCAAAGGAGAAACCAACCACACCGGUGCUGAAGGUAAUCAAUGGACCAAGUGAUGGUUUACGCAAACAUCAUUCACCAUCUUUGGAAGAUGUUGAAGAUGAAGAGUCAAUUUUGUUUAGAAAAAGAUUUGAUCAUUGA